AUGGCCCCCAAGACCUGGACACAAGAGACCUUCACCCUCAACACGGGUGCCAAAAUCCCCGCCAUCGGUCUGGGAACCUGGCAAUCCAAGCCCAACGAGGUCCGCGAGGCCGUCAAGGCUGCUCUCCUCAAGGGCUACCGCCACAUCGACACUGCUCUCGCCUACGGCAACGAGCAUGAGGUCGGCCAGGGCAUCAGGGAUUCUGGCGUCCCCCGCGAGGAGAUCUGGAUCACCACCAAGCUCGACAACCCCUGGCACAAGCGCGUCGAGGAGGGUAUUGAGAGCUCCUUGAAGAGCUUGGGUGUUGACUAUGUCGACCUCUACCUCAUGCACUGGCCCUCUUCCACGGACCCCGAAGACCUCAAGAAGCACUACCCAGACUGGGACUUCUUGAAGACCUGGGCCGAGCUCCAGAAGCUCCCCGCCUCGGGCCGCGUCAAGAACAUUGGCGUUUCCAACUUCGGCAUCAAGAACCUCGAGAAGCUCUUCGCGGACCCCAGCUUCAAGAUCACUCCCGCCGUCAACCAGAUCGAGCUCCACCCCAACAACCCCUCCCCCAAGCUCCUCCAGUACUGCAAGGAGAAGGGCAUCCACGCCACUGCCUACUCCUGCCUCGGCUCCACCGACUCCCCGCUCUACAAGAACGACGAGUUGAAGAAGAUCGCCGAGAGCAAGGGCAAGACCGUCCAGCAGGUCCUCCUCAUGUGGGGUCUCCAGCGCGGCACCUCCGUCAUCCCCAAGAGUGUCACCGCCAGCAGAAUCGAGGCCAACUAUGAGCUCGAUGGCUGGGAGUUGACCGACGAGGAGGUCAAGGCCAUCGAUGCUUUCCCCGAGAGGUUCAAGGUCUGCGGCGACGCCUGGUUGCCCAUCAAGGUCUUCUUCGGCGAUGACGAGUAG